AUGGCUACAGCAUGGUUAACUCAGAUGCGACCCCCUCAGCCAAAAUUCACAGAGGCAAACGUCGAAAACUUGUCCGGAAAGGUCUACAUUGUGACUGGUGGAAACGCCGGCGUCGGCAAGGAACUCGUUGCCAUGCUACAUGCAAAGCAUGCAACAGUGUACGUUGCAGCUCGCAGCGAGGAGAGAGCUGCAGCAGCCAUCGAGUCCAUUCGCAGCGCAAAUCCUUCUUCGACUGGGCACCUGAAGUUUCUGAAACUGGAUCUUGCGGAUCUCGUGUCUGUAUCGAAUGCAGCAAAAUCGUUCCUUGAGUCGGCCAAAAGUCUUGAUGUUCUAUUCAACAAUGCUGGCGUCAUGCACCCACCUGAAGGUUCCAAGACAAAACAGGGCUAUGAGCUACAGCUAGGUGUUCAUAAUAUUGGAGCUGUCCACUUCACAGAGCUACUCACACCACUUCUUGCAAAGACGGCAUCUAGCUACUCCGCUGUUGGCAAGGAGGGAUGUGUCAGGGUAAUUUGGGUCAGUUCGCUUACUGCGGAAAGGUCCCCUUUAGGUGGUGUUGAUCUUACGAAUAUGGAUUAUUCAAAGAGGGAUGAAAGCAAGUACACUAAAUAUAGUGUGAGCAAAGCCGGAGUUUACUAUCAAGGUACUGAAUAUGCUAAAAGGCAUAAGCAUGAGGGUAUCAUCAGCCUGCCUUUGAAUCCCGGAAAUCUCAAGUCGGACCUUCAGAGACACCACCCAGGCCUUGCCUUCAAGGUUAUAAGCGCUGCAAUUCUAUAUCCAGCUACCAAUGGAGCAUAUACGGAGUUAUUUGGUGGGCUCUCUCCUGAUAUAACUUUAGCCGAAUCAGGAACUUAUAUUAUUCCUUGGGGUCGAUUUGCUAAAAUUCGAUCUGAUCUUGACGAGGGAUCCCGGAGCAUUUCAGAAGGCGGGACUGGAAUAGCUGAGAAGUGGUAUGACUGGUGCCUGGAACAAGCAAAGCCAUAUAUUUAA